AUGCAGCUCGAUCUCGGCUUUCAAGUUGUAAGGAAGGAAGGAGAAGCUGUUGCCUUUGAGUUCGAGGAAUCGUCGCCGUCGUCGGCCUCCCCCUCCUCGUCUUCGUGCUCAUUUCCGACGGUAGUAUCGACGGGAGGCUCCACGUCGGCCUCCCGCGCUCUGGGCCCGUCGCCGAAGCGGAAGGCCGGGCGGAAGAAGUUCCGGGAGACGCGACACCCGGUGUACCACGGCGUGCGGGAGCGCAACGGCGGUCGGUGGGUGUGCGAGGUGCGGGAGCCCCGGAAGAAGAGCCGCAUCUGGCUGGGGACGUUCCGGGAGCCGGAGAUGGCCGCGCUGGCGCACGACGUGGCCGCCAUCGCGCUCCGCGGCGGGUCGGCCCAGCUCAACUUCCCGGACCUCGCAAGGGCACUGCCCCGCGCGCGAUCGACGGCGCCCGAUGACGUCCGCCGCGCCGCGGCCAAGGCGGCCGAGAUGUUACGACCUUUAAUGUCGUCGCCCGCGCCGCUGCCCGCCGUGUCGGAUGCAGGAGAAAGCCAGGGACGUGAGGAGAGGGAGGAGAAUACAGCGACCGAGGACGCUGCUGCACCUCCGGCGGCAGUGUUCGUGGACGAGGAGGAGCUGUUCAACAUGCCGGGGUUGAUGGAGGACAUGGCGAGGGGGUUGCUGCUGACGCCCCCAGCGUUGCAGUGGCGAGGGUUCGAUUGGGAUAUUGCGGUGGAGGAGGAGCAAGAAAUAGGCUUGUGGCCACUGUGGAAUCACGAAUGAGAAACAUUUCUUGCAAGAAAAAGAUUAUAUAUAUAUAUAUAUAUAUAUAAUCUAAAAUCUCAACAAUUUGUCACUUGAAACAUUUUGCUCAUUGAUUACCAUUAAUUUUCUCG